CAUCAGAAAUAAGUAGCCUAGGAGAAGUUCAAAACUCUUAGAAGCACCUGUCACCAUAUAACCAAGCCAGACAAAGCUAAUUCCUUGGAAUUCUCAAGCGCGGGCGUUGCCAGGGGACCACACCUGUGAUAGCAACGCGCCAGAGCCCCAGGGCCAAGGGGAAUUUUCCUAACCGCCGGUGGCGGUUAAGGCGCUGCUGUGGUAGGUGGAGAAGCCCAGGCCUGGGAGUAGCGCGGCCACACCCGAGGUCCUAGGCAGCUGCCUUCACUUUCGUUUCCCACCGUUCCUGGAUCCUCGGUCAACCGCGGUUUCGUUUCCGAGGCGUGGCCGAGGGUGCGGCCCGGGACACUCAUGGCCCUAGUGAGCCGUCCGCGAGCCCCACUGUGGCUCGGGCGACUGUCGCGGCGACUGUGCGCGCAACUCAGGGCCUGCGCUGGGACUAUGGCUCGGCCUCGCCGCUUCACCGUGGAGCUGCCCGACUGCUCCUUGACUCAUUUCAUCCUGGGGGACCCGGCGGACCACCCGGACGCACGCCUGACAGCGCUGCUCGGGCCCCCGGGGCGCAGCUACGCGCUGUGUGUGCCCUUGGUUCCGGGCAGAGGCUGCGGACCCCGGGUGCAGGCGGCCCGGAGGCAUCAGCGCCUGCUGCAGCAGCUGCGCCAGGGCCCUUUGCAACGGUGCCAACUGAGCAAGCUACUGGGCUACGGUCCGAGCGACCAGGCCGGUGCAAUCCAGCAUGGCUUCCUGCUGCGCGAUCCUAGCGACCACCCGGACACCCGGCGCGCCUUGCUGCAGCUUAUGGCCUCAUGCCAGGAGGCGGUGCAACCGCAGCUGGCCGAGUUCCAGGCCGACUCUCAGGGUUUGUUGUGGCAGCGUCUGUGGGAGCUGAGGGGAGAAGGGGAGGUGCAGGUGGACUGCGCAUGCGUCCUGCAGGCACCGGAGCCUCACCUGCACCCGUUGCUACCAGAUCUGCUCAACUCUGUGGUGUUCCAAGACCGGGAUGCUGCAAGGGCGGUAUUGGAGGAGUGCACAUCCUUUAUUCCUGAAGCCCGGGCAGUGCUUGCCCUGGUUGACGAAUGCCCAAAGGAGAUCCAGAAAGGCAAGUUCCAGGUCAUUGCCAUUGAAGGACUGGAUGCCACUGGAAAAACUACAGUGACACAGUCAGUGUCAGAGUCUCUCAGUGCUGUUCUCCUACAGUCACCACCACCCUGCAUCAGCCAGUGGAGGAAAAUCUUUGAUGAUGAACCUACUAUCAUUCGAAGAGCAUUUUACUCUUUGGGCAAUUAUCUCGUGGCAUCUGAAAUAGCUAAAGAAUCAGCCAAGUCUCCUGUUAUUGUAGACAGGUACUGGCAUAGCACAGCCGCCUAUGCCAUAGCCACUGAGGUGAGCGGAGGCCUGUCCUUCCUACCCCCUGCCCACCAUCCUGUGUACCAGUGGCCAGGAGACCUGCUGAAGCCUGACCUGGUCCUGCUGCUCACUGUGAAUCCUGAGGAGAGAGCGAGAAGACUGCUCGGCCGGGGCCUGGAGAAGACUAAGGAAGAGGCAGAACUUGAGGCCAAUAAUGUGUUUCGUCAGAAGGUGGAAAUGACGUACCAGCGGAUGGAGAACCCAAGUUGCCACCUGGUCGAUGCCAGUGCCUCACGAGAGAGAGUCCUGCAGACAGUUUUACAGCUGAUCCAGAGAGCUGGUCAUUAACUGUAGUUCCUCUGCCCAGGUUCCAUGUUACACCAGAAGAGAAAUGGUGUGAUGCCUGUAAACCCAGCACUUGCCUGGUGGCUUCUUAUAUUCAGGUGGCAUGAGCAUAUUUAAGAGGGAAAACUGGAGACUGAGUGUGUUUGCUUUACUUCUGACUGAUUGAGUCAGCCACAGCUGCCGAUUCAUUUCUGCCUGGUCAUGUAUCAUCUCUUUGGGAUCUAUUUUAACACCAGGAGCUUCUGAUCCAGUGGUGAGCUGCUGGAGGUCUUCUUGUACCUGGAAUCUGAGGAUGUCAGCUGUGGUCAACACUGAUCAAUUGUGAUGAGCUAGGCUCAUUUUCUUUUACCCCAAAUCCUGUACCUAAGCAUUGUCACAGGGCCUGGCUGUCCAAGGACAUUUCCUUGGAGCCAUUUAUGGCUGGGAACACUUGCAAUGAAGCAGCUGAUCUUCCUUCAGAGGCACAAGGAACACCAUGGACAGUGCCUGGAGUGAGCACCUCAGAGCUGAAUGGAUGUUGUGCCCCUAAACUGGAAGCACUCCAACCCCCUCUUGUUCUCCUUUGCUCGUCUGUAUUCCAUUUCUCGCCUCUGAAAUCUGGUUCUGAGUGUAAUGAGCAGUCUGCACUGAGCAGGAAGUGUUUCAUUUACCCAACGCACCAAUUUGUUUAUAUUGCUGUUUACAUCAUGUGUUUCCUCAGUGUAGGAGCUGUGAGUCACUAACCAAAACUGAGGCCAAGGAGCUAAAUGCAGCAUUUGCUGUGUGUUUUCAUUACACAAUUUAAUUUAUCUUAAUAAGCACCGUGGAUUCCAGAACAAGAUUUCAUAAUAAAUCAUCUUGCACUUUGAAUGUCUCCUGAUUGCAUGUGGAGUCAGCUUUGAGGGCUCUUUGGAUAGAGAGUAGAGCUGUGGAAGAAAAGGCUGGUGGCUCUGUAGCCUUGGCUGAGUCGUUUAACAUUGGCAAUGUCAACAGUUUGAUCUGAAAGGGGGCCAUUGGUGGGCUUUGUAGCAUAACCCUCUAACAGUAUUUACAGUAUUGGCAGUUUGAGAAAAGAAAAUUGAAAGUUCAGGGCCUUCCUGGGCUAUGGUGUAAAUUUGGAGCUAGCCUGGGAAGUAUAGUGAGACUUUUGUCUCAAGAUGAAAACUAGAAAGAAGACUGGGAUAAAACUCCAUAGUAAAACACUGUACUGAAUAUUCUAUUCCUGGGUUCCAUUCCCAGUAGCAUAAAAAUAAAAAUGUAAACAGAAAACCAAACACCAGUAACGCAAUAUAGGAGUUAAGUACUCUUUGGUCAUAAGGAGGUAGCCGGGCCAGAUUAUUAUUGUUUAACAUUCCAGUUCCAAUGUGGCUGCUUCUCUACAUAAUUUUGACCCCAUGUCUCAUUUCUUAAGAAUGCAUCUCCAUGUAAAUACAUGGAAUUACACUAAAGCCUUACCAGGUUUUCCCUAACCUUAAAUUAUAAUAAGGUAUAAUAUUAAUGUCCAAAUAUUUUUUUUUUUUACUUUUUAAACUAUGUAUAACUUAUAAAUAAAUGUGUCUAUGUACAUACAUAUGUUGUUGGCCUUUGUGAAACAUUUUAAAGCUGACAAAUAACAUUAGGACUCUUUGUAAUGUGGCAGCUACUUCCACGAAGGGUUUUUGAUUUAGCGCUUCAGAGAUGAUUGUGGCAGAGGCGAGAAGGAAGUCUUGGUGCUGUCCUCAUGAAACCUGCCAGCGAAUACGCUUGCUGUGACUUUCUUAACCCAAUCUGUCAUCAUGGCUGAGUGAUGUAUUUGUCUUAACAUCUUGCAAGCUCAUCUCACCGAGUCUAAAGGUUCUUAUGUAUGUGAAAAGGUGGAGGGUGUGAGUUUGUGGCUGAGUGGAAUCUGUGACCAAUGGACUUUGGUGAGGGAGGGUUUGUUUCAAACAUUAUUUUCACAUUACAAAUAUCAAAUGAAUUUUAAAAAUUCCAUUCUCUGUGCAUCUGAUAGGUAGAUGAUUUAUAUUAUAUAGCUCCGUGGCUCCUACCACUGCCAUGACGCAUGGCUAUGCUCGCUGUAAGGCGAGCCGUGUUCUUAUUCCGUGAUUCUGUCUUUCAUUCUCAAUAAUGGCAGUUCAGCUCAGUUCGUGGCCAGUUCUGAGUUUCUCAUUCACUCCUAUGUGCCUGGCUGGGUGGGUCUCACAGAAGGCACGUGAGGAAUGUCAGCUGGGGAUGCAUCCCUUUGUCCUUCUGUCCCUGCUGUGUUCAGGUAGUAGCUAGGAGGAGAUCAGGUAGAGAGGGGAACAGCAGGAUAGGUGUAGGAGCGCUGAGUGAAAAGCUCUUUGCUGAUUAGCGGCUCACAGAACAGAUGGGAAGUAAUAUUCACAGGCUUCAUGCACCUGAAGUCUAACUCACCAUUGUACGUUCCCCCACAUUCUAAGGCAACCACUUGUCUACUCCGAUGGUUAAUAUCGGUUGUCAACAUGACAGGAUCUAGAAUUACCUAGGAUACAGAAAUCUGGCCACAUCUGGGGAGUUAUUUGAAGCAAGAAGAUCCACUCUUAACAACGGUGUCAUUAUUCCCUUCAGUGGGAUUCUGGGCUGGAUGAAAAGGAGAAAAUGACCUGAGUAUUACCACUCACUGGCCUCUACCUCCUGACCGAAGAUACAGUGUGACCUCAAUCUCGUACCAUGCCUUCCCACCCAGAUGAACUGUAUAACUUCCUCUAUGAGCUGAGAUGAGUCUCUUCUUCGUUAAGUUGCUCUUGGUCAGGUAUUUUGCCACAACAAUGGGAAAAGUAACCCAGACCCUGUAAACAGUACCACAUGGAUGAUUUACAUUGUAUAGCUCACAGCCUACCUCUAGAAAUGAUUGUAUAUCCUGAAAUUUCUUGAAGCUAUGUGAGCCUUAGAACAUGACCUGGCUGGUGGGGUGUGACCAACAGAUAUUGAUAAUACCACCAGAACUAUUAUUUAUACGGAGACACGCUUGGCUUCAUAGUGCUUCUCUGUCUUCUGCAGGUUGGAGGAUGGUAAGAACUGGAAGAUAUUCUUUAGUUUCGUUUUUCUGGACAAUUCUGCUUAAAACAUGUGGGAAACACUGACUUUUAUAUAUACACUUUAACUAAAUUUCAAGCUAAUCUGUAAACCAUACAUGAACUCCUUACUUGUAUUCCAACUAAGGGCAAGAUAAUUACACUUAACUUUUAGGUCCAAUUAAAUUGCAAAACAACAAUAGCAAAAAUAUUUAUUGCCAUUAAAAACUUAAAGAGAGUCCAGAACAUCUACAAUAUAAUGUUCCCCAAGUCUAGGAUAUAGUCCAAAAUUACCUAACCUACAACAAAGGAACACAUAUAUCGAUUGUUAAAGAAAAGGAGCCAAGUUCUGGAGAGUAACUUCAAGAUGACCUUGUAGAGAUGGGAACAGCUGGGAAGUUAAAGUAGAUUUUACCUGUGCUUGAAUGGAAGGAUGGAAUGGAGACAUGGCUAUCACAUAUAAAAAGACAAGAGAUAGACAUCCUGCACAACUAAGUCUUGCCCUUAGCUAGAAUGUAUGUACGGAGACCAUAUAUAGUUUGUAGAUUUGCUUGAGAUUUAGUUAAAGUGCAUGUACAAAAUCAGGGUUUUCUACAUGUGUUACGCAGGGUCCUUCAGAAAAACAGAACUAAUAUACAUACAAUAUAGUGUGUGUGUGUGUGUGUGUGUGUGUGUGUGUAAUAUUUAUUGGACUGACUUACAGAAUAGGAUUGCUAGAUAUUACUGAGUAGAUAUUAUACUGUGAAAAUUUCACUAUCUAGAAUAACAAGCCACUGAUAUAUUGAGUUAAAAGCAGACAAGUGAGCAAAGGAAAGAGUCUAGAUGCUUUGACUCAUAAAAUUCUUCAGUCUGAAUAACACCAGAAAUAUAAGCAAAAUCCUAGAGACUUGCACUACACAAGUUUGAGUCCUAGAAGGAAAGGAGAAUAGACCAAAAAAAAAAAAAAACAUGUUUAAAAAGAUAUUUCUCCAAAUAGGAUGAAAUAUACGUGUACAGAUUUAAAGAUCUUAGCAAACACCACCAUUAUAACUACACAAAACACCAGGGCUAUGUGUGGUUAUUCAGGUAGGACCACUGAAGCUCUGAGAAAUUCAGACUGGCUCCUGAUGUAGACAGAGGAUCUUUGCAAGUACUAUCCUUUUACCAGAGUCAAGUUGCCAGAAUCCUAGGCAGUUUGUGCAUUUAUGAACAGUGAAGAAAAAUAGUGCAACAAUGCCUGCAGUCGCCGAUAAACACUGAGAAAUAAUGGCCAACAGAAGCUGAAAGAGGAAGGAGAGGAUCCCAAAAAGGACCGGAAAUGGACCACGGUGCUACUGGUACCUUCAGUAUACGCUUCCAGUUUCUUUAACUGCAAGAUCAUGCAUUGCUUUAAAAAGUGUGUGUGUGUGUGUGUGUGUGUGUGUGUGUGUGUGUGUGAGAGAGAGAGAGAGAGAGAGAGCACAUCCACAUGUAACACAGUGUGAAUAUUGAGGUCAAACAACUUUCGGGAGUGGAUCCUGUCCUUCCAACCUUGUGCGAGUCCCAGGUUUUUCUGUUGUAUAUGUUCUCCAUUUUGUCACCUUUGUUAUUUUAACAUCCUCCUUUCAGUACUUCCCCCCUCAUUGUUUCUAAUGAGAAACUGGCUGUCAGUGUUCUCUUUCUUACUCUGUAUAUAUAUAACCUGUCAUUUUUCUGAACUUUCUCUAUGUUACUGGUUUAACUAAAUUGAUUAUGCUGUCCAAAUUUAUUUAUGUGUUUGAAGCUGUGUGUGUAGAUUUACAAUUUUACUUACUUUUGAAAAAAAGUUCAGAUAGUAUUUCUGUUCCUCUUUCUCUCUUUGGGACAUCUCUCCAGUCGUAUCUGCAUUAGAUUGGAGGAGGUGGCCACCGUCAGUUAGAGAAGCAUGAUAUCAACUGAGAGAUCGAAGCCUUUCCUGGUUGAUUUCUACUGGAUGGUGUGAAUGUCAGGCUCAAAAGAAACUCAGGGAAAGGAGAUAACUGUGGUGCCUAUAGCACACCAAAGUACAUGCUGAACUCCAGGUUCAUCGCUUCUCCGCCUUUUGGCUAAGAUCAAGUGUGAACUCCAGGUUCUCUCAGCAUCACAAAUACUUCUAACAGAGUUCAUACUGGUAUCCUGGCUCUUCUAAGCUUUUCUCAUGCCACUGCUCAUCCUAAACUUCUCCAGAUAAUGGGCUUUCCUCACCCCAGAAUCUGACUCCCAUACAACCCUGCCAUUUUGAUCAUGCUAUCUGUUGGUGCUCUCUUGGUCCCCCUUUCUUGGUCCUCACUUUUGUCUUCCUCUCUCUCCUCUUCCUCUUCUCCCCUCUCUCUCUGUUCAUGGCCUGGUUGAAUGUACUAAAUUUUCUUCCUGCUGUUUUUCUCUCUCUCUUUCUCUUUCUCUCUCUGUCGCUAUCUCUUUCUUUUACUUUGUCUUACUUGAUAUGUAAUAAAAUCUGUGAUCCAAAACCUAAACCAUAACUGUCACAGAUCAUUAUCUGGAUUCCACAAAACAUCACCCUUCAAUGAUUUUCCUCUCAGUAUCUGAGAAGUACAACUUUCAGACUUUCAAGUAUAAACAAAUGAAAAAAAUUGGAACACUAUUUUUCUUGUACCAAAAAUCAUACCAUUCUCUGAAUUCAAUGCAUAUCAGUUUCUAGAAAGGUGAUAUGACUCUUACAGCAUCACAUCUCUGAUUAUCUUUUUAAGUUUUGGAAGAAAGCUUGGAUGACUGUUAUAAUAUCCACGUUGGGUGUGAGUUGAUUUAGACUGAGUUUUCCUCUUAGUGUAGAAUACAUUUUCCUGCUUGUUUUUGGUAAACCUAAGAUUGGAUGCCAUCCAUUCUGAAUUUUACCUUGAUAGUAACAGAUGUUGCUCUUUUCUGUAAAAAAAAAAAUUCAUUUUGGUUUUAGGUUCAUUAUAAGAGACUGAUCCAUUUGAGUGUUGUAUUUAAUAUUUGUUAGAUGGUACUAGUUAACUUAGAAUUAGCUGCCCCCAACCCUAUGCUGAGGCCAGCCUCUUGUAAUAUUCUAUCAGAUCUUGAAUGGAUCCUCAAUCUUUUGGUAUAGUCAGAAGGUACUCUACUAGCUCUGUGCAUCUAAUCUUCAGGAUGAUCUAUCUGGAAGGGCCAAUACCACUCUUUCUGUCUUGAGGAUUACUUAAUGUGGGUUCAGAAUAACUCUUGCAUUUUCUGUUUGUUCUUUCAGCAGCUCCAGUCGCCUUGGUCUCAUCUAAUUAUUGUAGAAUGUCAAACUCCUAAAAUGUUUAUUAUCUUUGUAUCUUCCGAGUAAGAUGCCGCCUGUCUCAAAUUCUAGUAAUAUUUGAGAACUGCUUAUGAUUAAUGGGUAUGGUGAUACAAUAUCUCUUAUAGAGUCUAAGAGAUUGGAACUUUGGACCUCACAGUCAGUUAAAAGUAUACCUUGUGGUGACUUGAGACUUAAGACUCCCUCCCUACUGUGUACUCAGCCUGUUUGUUUCAGGGGCUUUAAGAGAAUAAUGUAGCAAUCGACCUUAUUUGCCUUGGAUUUCCCAUGUAAUCAGCUUUUAAAAUAUAAGCCAAUAUAUAGUUGUAAUCUUAAGUUACAUACUCUUUUGUGCCCCUGACCUUGAGUAUUGCAUGUGUGUUACAAUAGUUACUUGCUGGACCUGGCAAACACAGGUUGAAAGCAGUCUUAUAAAAUAACUAAACAACACAAAUGUUGAAUUAAGCCUAAGGACAUUGCUUGGUAAACAGUAAUGUUUGUAAUACUGUUUAUUAUCUGGGUCAGUUGGGGUCAAUUGGAGUCAGCUGGAGUGAGUGACUUAAUUCCUUGUAAAACUCUGUUAAAGAUCUCUGUAAAGUGUCCCUUGUCACUUGCCAUGUGAUGUUUUAUUAUGCUGUUCAAUAAAGACAGAGCAAAGUCCUUUGUUAGGGACAGACACACUCAGACACAGACAGAGGUACAGAGCCACAAGGCAGCUUUCAGCUAAGCAUGGAUUCAGACUCAAACAACAGACAGAGAGGAUAGAAGACACAGGCAAAGUGAAAGACAGAAUUCAAAUCUGGACUUGCUCUUGGUGAAAGGAUCCCGAGGGCAAGCGCUUUGAUUUCUUUCUGGUACAUUAUUGAUGGCUAGGAGUUUAUUGCUCAUGCAUUCAAACCAACUGCAAAAGGGAAGAGGAAAACCUCUCCACAGCUUCUUGUUUUCCUGAUUACAACCUUCAUGUUUUGUAUCUUUUCAUGGGACACCCAGAUGACCCCUGUCUAGCUUCCACUUAUCCUGUCCACCCUUUUAAGUCUUGCUACAGUGCACCCUUGUAGAACACCUUUGAAUCCUUCCCAGGCCAAACAGAGCUAUUAGAAAAGCUGUCAAGUGGAUUCAUCCAGGGUGACUGGAUUUUUCUUUUGAAAAUAUUUCCAAGAUGAGGGUGUAAAUCACCUGACAGAGUGCUUGUGUAGCAUGCAAAAAUCCCUGAGUAUUGCUCCAGUACUAUAUAAAAGCACUAUUGUCCGUCACACCUGUAGUCUCAGUACUUAGAACAUGGAAGCAAGAGGAUCAGAAGUUCAAAGCAUGAACACAAAUUUCUGAAAAGAAGCUAUGUCUGUCUGUGAACAAACAAAACAUCACGGAAGGAGUUUCUGUGUCUUCAGAGACUGAUUCACUGAUUAUAAUUUCAGUACUGGGGACUGGAAUUUUGUAGGUUCAGAGGCUAAUUACUUUAUCUUGGGCUGGUUAUAGUCUUCAGGAACAGCAUUUCUUUCCCCACUAUGUAUCUAAACUAUCAACAAAUGACAAAAUAAAAUAAAAUAAAAACUUAAUAGAAAAAAAACCCUCUUCAAUGCUAUUAACUUAGUGAGACGCUAUCUUCUACCAAUCCAAGAGCUGAGAUUGCCACCAGAUAGCAUCUUGGGCCUAUCAGAAAUCUUCCCUAAUUCUGAUGUACCUCUCUUUCUCGUGUACCCACCAAUGCAUUUUAUACUCUCCUUGAUUUAUGUCUUUCUUUGUUCUUUAAUGCUAUAAAAACCUUGUGAAACAGUG